UCGACGUCAAAGUUCCAAAAAUGAACAUGACGUAGUAGGUUAAUGAAAACCUGUCAAAAUGUAACAACUACACGUUGACUUACUUUUGAUAGGAUUCUGAAGGAAUCAAAUUGCUUUCGCUGUAAAAAAAAUGUUUCACCUAUUGUGAUGAGGAUUCGCACUACCGUACAUUUUAGUUAGCUCUGGUCCAGGGCUACAUCGUAGCAGCUGUCGGAAGAGCGUCGCCAUAACGUUGAACUUUACAGUGCGCAUUAAUACAGAUGUGCACUUCCAGAAAAUAUUAUUGGCUGCUGAAAGUUGUCGGGCCGUUCACAGUGUCAUUUCUAUCACAUAUAAGUAUUUGCCUAUAUUUAACUACCCUCUUGGCUUAAAUUCCGUAAACCGGUGUAUCCACAAUUAGAUAAAUCUUGUGACAGCCAGUAAAGGGGCGGAGAUUAUGCACAAACUACACCGAAAUGACAGCAACGCUUGUAGUUUUCGUAUGAUACAAAGACAAGUUGUUUAGCCGAUCGUUAAUUUUACGCCUGCUACGUUAGUUUACUGAUAGGCAAAUAAGACCGUCAAAGCAAGUAGGAUUCUUCACGUUCUCCUCGGUUCUUCUGGUCAAGAACCACCAAACAACAAGCAAUUCCUUUUUGGUUUAAGGAAAGACACCAAUGCAAGAACCGCUGGGUCUGGUCUACUUAGUUCAUUGACAUUCAUUGAACCAGAAAACAACAACGAGUGGGUUGUCGCUUCCUCUUCUGUCUCAGAGACUACGGCAGUGGACAAGAGAGGAAGUCCUCCUGCUAUCCACUGUGCGUCCACUAACUAAGUGAUCAUGUCAGCCCCAGGUUACCCAUCCCCUCACCAGGGUCCUGGAAGUUACUCCACGGCACCCUACCCUGUUCCUCAUGGUGGGUAUGGUGAGCCUAACCAUGCUCCCCCACCGGUUGGCUUCCAUAUGGGCUACAACCAACAACAACCCCACCCAGGCCAGCCUGUGAUGUACCAGCCUGUGCCCAUGCCCGAAUAUGGGGUACCUCAAAUGGGCCCCAGCCCAGGCUAUGGUGGUCCCAUGCCUGGGCCCGAGUACGGUGCACCUCAGAUGGGCCCCAGCCCAGGCUAUGGUGGUCCCAUGCCUGUGCCCAGAUACGGUGCACCUCAGAUGGGCCCCAGCCCAGGGUAUGGUGGUCCCAUGCCUGGGCCUGAAUUCGGUGCACCUAACUCGGGCCCUCCUGCAGCCAUCUCCCCAGCCCCUGCAGCAGUUGUGCCUAUUGGAGUUCCACCUGGCCUGGAGUACCUAACACAGAUUGACCAGAUCCUUAUACACCAAAAAGUGGAGUUGCUGGAAGUGUUCAUUGGCUUUGAGACCAACAACCAGUACGAGAUCAAGAACAGCCUGGGUCAGAAGAUCUAUAAGGCCAAGGAGAAGAACGACUGCUGCACACGCAACUGCUGCGGCGCCCUGCGUAGCUUCGAAAUGAAGAUCCAGGACAACACGGACCGCGAGGUCAUCCGCCUCGUACGACCCUUCCGCUGUGCCUCCUGCUGGUGCCCCUGCUGCCUGCAAGAGCUCGAGGUCCAAGCCCCGCCUGGCACCACCAUAGGUUAUGUGUCCCAGGACUGGAACCCCUGCGUGCCCAAGUUCUCCAUCAAGGGGGCCAACACGGAGACCGUAAUGAAGCUGGAAGGACCCUGCUUUGCCUGCAACUGCUGCGGGGAUGUGAAUUUUGAGCUGACGGGGGAAGAUGGAGGCAAGCCCAUCGGCCGCAUCAGUAAGCAGUGGGGUGGCCUGAUAAAGGAGGUCUUCACCUACACGGACAACUUUGGCAUUCAGUUCCCCAUGGACCUGGACGUCAAGAUGAAGGCUGUGCUCAUGGGUGCCUGCUUCCUCAUCGAUUUCAUGUUCUUCGAGAAGGACUGAGCACUUGAGUCAAACUCUCUUUCUGUUCCCAUUUGCAAUCCCCCCUUUUUUUUCCUGAUUCUGUUUGAUACUCCUUCCUUAUUUGAAACCUUAGAGGAAGCUGCCAAUCCUAGAACUCUUUCUGUGUAACACGUGAGGUCUUAUCUGAUGAGCUUACAUAGCCUCUGGACUGUUUCUGUCUAUCCACCCGACUGUAAGAAUCAGCAACUGGGCUAUGAGACAUAAGCCUUAGUUGUCUUUCAUGGGUUUCUCCACUCUCUCCACUGAGUUUUUAUGUUUUUUGCAUUUGUUCUAUCAAAUUGAUUUCUUGGUUAUCUAUGUACAUUUGGGGGUUCAAAACAGUAUGGAAACUUUACAUGUUCUUCAAUACUUUUUCAGUAUUUUCUUUUUAGUCACUGCCAUGGCAAGUAUUUUAUCAUACCAAACUGCUUCAGUUGCAGUAUUACAUUCUAGAUUCUUUAUUUUAGUGUCAAAUUAUGAUUACUUACUGUUGUCACCUGUCAAAUCCACUCCAAUCAGUGUAGAUGAAGGGGAGGAGACGAGUUAAAGUAGGAUUUUUAAGCCUUGAGACUGUGUAUUUGUGCCAUUCAGAGGGUGAAUGGGCGAGACAAAAGCCUUUUGAAUGGGGUAUGGUAGCAGGUGCCAGGCAAACCGGUUUGUGUCAAGAACUGCACCGCUGCUGACUUCUUCAUGCUCAACAGUUUCCCGUGUGUAUCAAGAAUGCUCCGCCACCUUGACACAACUGUGGGAAGCAUUGGAGUCGGCAUCCCUGUGGAACGCUUGUGGAGUCCAUGCCCUGACGAACUGAGGCUGUUCUGAGCGCAAAAGGGGGUACGACUCCAAUAUUAGGAAGGUGGUCCUAAUGUUUUGUACACUGUGUAAAUUUUUCCAGGCCUCAGUUGUUCCUUGACAAGCACCAUUCAUUCACGCUGUCGAUCAUUUUAAUGUUACUACUUCUGAUAGUAACUAUAUCCACUGGGGAAGUGGGAGAGAGUGAGGUGGCUGCCAUCUGAGUCGACAUCUUUUUUUUUUGCAGCAGUGAUUGUCAGAGAUUCAAGGAGCUAUCAUCAUUAAGUGACAUAAUUGAUGCGACGCAUUGUGCAUUUACAUUCAUCCACUUAAAAAACAACAACUUUGUCCCAGAAUCAUUUACCUGCAGGGCACGCCUUCAUCAUGAAGGAAUGUGCUUACCUGACUUAAGGGACAUAGUGAAGAGUUGGGGCCAAUUUCUUGGUAAACUGUUUCCUUUGGUGUUAAAUACAGUGUCAUUUUGUUCAUGGGGUGAGUAUGAUGACUCGUUGCACUGUUUAGGGAAAGUGUUGUAUUAGGCAAUAAGGUUCUGGUUUCAAUCAGUAGUGCUGAAGAUCAGCAUUAUAGCGUGAUUGAAAUUUAAAUGCAAGAUUUCUGCAUUUGCAGUAAACGCUGCAUAUGUCGGCUCAAUCGAAAAUGACUUUUUGAAUUUCAACCAUGCGUAUCUUCGGCACUACAGAUUGAAUCCAGCCCUGGGGUCAAACAGUUGUGGUAAAUAAAGCAGUUUUGUACCUUUUU